UCAACAUUAAUUGGUGGCAUUAUCAAGGUCUUUAACAUCUUUGAUAAAGUAAUUACGUCACAUUAAAUCAUUCGGGAGAUGGAGUUAUUACAGUGGCACAGCUGAGAUGAUAAGCAGGUGUCUUGCUGAUUUGAGACAAAUAUUUUGGACGAAAGUAGUUUUAGAUACUUUUUAAAAUGAGUGACAUUGAUUUGCCCACGUUGGCUGAGAGGGAAAAAGCUAAAGCCCGGCUUGAAUUGAAGACGCCAAUGAAAGAGAUAAAUGAUGCGCUUAAAGCGUGUACAUUCGGGAAGUUUCAUAUUAAGUUACUGUUCAUAGCCUUUGUGGGAUUCGUGGCUGGAAUUCUGGCUAGCUCGUCGACCGCCUAUCUGUUAUCAAAUGCAGAAUGUGACCUACAUAUGAACUUAGUGCAAAAGGGAUUACUUAACGCUAUGCCGUAUAUAGGCAUGUUACUUUCAUCGAUUGUGGCUGGGUUUUUAACGGACGCAUUUGGAAGGAAGAUAUUUUUAACUGUAGGUUUUGGGGGCCUCUUCAUAUGCACAGUCAUAGCUGGUUCUAGUCAAACUUACGAAGUUCUAGUCACCGCUAAGUUUUUUGAAGGAUUAUUAUACGUAAUAGCGCCAUAUCCACACUUAUUCGAGAAGGAAAUGAAAGAAGAUGAUCCCGAAAAUACCAAAGCCGUAAAGAAAGUCAAAUUUGGCGAAAGAAUUAUGACAGGAUUAAAAAACCUUAAACCUCUUGUUAGACGACCAUUGUUAAACUAUUUAGCACUGAUCGGAGCCAUGCAGUGCGUUGUUUUGGGAGUGUACAACGUGAACAGGCUGUGGUUCCCACAAUUAUCUACAAUUGUCGAACAUUAUAAAUUUGAAGAUAAUAACAAUUUAUGUGACUUACUUGAUGUCUACACGAGCAGUCUAAAAAGUAAGAGCGUUUCAAAUGUGACUUCAGAAGUGUGUGUACCGCAUGUUAGCGGCUCAGAAACUUACAUAAAUAGUAUUAUAAUUGGUUUGAUAUGCCUUCUACCGUAUUUCAUAAGUGGAGCAAUUGUCAAUAAAGUGGGGAAGAAGGUUUUACUUUUUGUUGGAGGCUUUAUAUCGGUGGCAUCUUUACUUGGACUAAGAUGGGCCAAUUCGAAGGCUUUAAUGGUGGGACUGUUCUCUACGACUGCUGCUGUGACGCACACUAUGAGAAGUUUGGCUCAAGUUACCUUGAUUGAACUAGUACCUACUGCUACGAGGGCCUUAGCUCUCUCCCUGGUGAUGAUGACCGCUCGUAUGGGGACGCUGAUUGGCAACGUCAUGUUCCCCAUACUCCUCGCAAUGGGAUGUGCAAUACCUUUUUACAGCAUGGCAGCAGCAAUGGCGUUUGUGGUGUUUCUAACGCUGUUUUUGCCGAGAGGAAAGCAAUCAUAGUUUUUAGAUAAAUAAAAUAAUUAUAAAUAUACAGAC